UUCAGUUUGUGAGUUUUUCAAUUUUAAGACCUCUUUUUUUGAUCCUAAUAUCUUUGUGACCCUCCUAAUAAUUUCGUUUUUCCUAGGAUGCAAACGACUACAAGAUGCUCAUUGUACACAUUCCAACGACAACGCCACCGACUACUUCAACGACCACGGAGGAUCCGCCAACGGAAACAUCAGACACGACUGAAACGACAGCUGAUUCUUCAUCCGCAACUCCGCCUACGACCGACAACGGCUCCACUUCCAUCAAAACGACAUCUCGAACAACGACAAAGCCCCCGGAACAACAAGAGCGUGGCGGAGGUCUCUACAGUUCAAUUGGCAUUGCUGCUGCUGGCCUCUCUGUCGGGAUCGUCAUUGCAGUUUUGGUCUGGUUCUGGAUGA